UGUCCCCCCGCCCCAGCCACUGCCUCCUCCUUCUCUCUCUCUCCUCUUCCUCUUCCUCCCGCGCUCGCCGCGCGCCUCUCGCCCCUUCAUCGUAUUUAUUCCUAUUUAUUUGGCGUCCGCUCUCUUCGUCUGCCCCUCUCCCUCCCUCCCCCUGGAUCCCCGAUCUCUCCCCGGAGUGGCGCGUCGGGGGCUCCGCCGCUGGCUAGGCGUGAUGUUGCACGUGGAGAUGUUGACGCUGCUCUUUCUGGUGCUCUGGAUGUGUGUGUUCAGCCAGGACCCGGGCUCCAAAGUCGUCGCCGACCGCUACGCCGUCUACUGGAACAGCAGCAACCCCAGAUUCCAGAGGGGUGACUACCACAUUGAUGUCUGUAUCAAUGACUACCUGGAUGUUUUCUGCCCUCACUAUGAGGACUCUGUCCCAGAAGACAAGACUGAGCGCUACGUCCUGUACAUGGUGAAUUUUGAUGGGUACAGUGCCUGCGACCACACGUCCAAAGGGUUCAAGAGAUGGGAAUGUAACCGGCCUCACUCCCCAAACGGACCGCUGAAGUUCUCGGAAAAAUUCCAGCUCUUCACUCCCUUUUCUUUAGGAUUUGAAUUCAGGCCAGGCCGAGAGUAUUUCUACAUCUCCUCUGCAAUCCCAGACAACGGAAGAAGGUCCUGUCUAAAGCUCAAAGUCUUUGUGAGACCAACAAAUGACACCGUACAUGAGUCAGCCGAGCCAUCCCGCGGUGAGAACGCGGCACAGACACCAAGGAUACCCAGCCGCCUUUUGGCAAUCCUACUGUUUCUCCUGGCGAUGCUUUUGACAUUAUAGCACAGUCUCCUCCCGUCGCCUGUCACAGAAAACGUCAGGGUCUUGGAACACCAGAGAUCCACCUAACUGCUCAUCCCAAGAAGGGACUUGUUAUUGGUUUUUGGCAGAUGUCAGAUUUUUGUUUUCUUUCCUUCAGCCUGAUUUCUAAGCAACAACUUGGGGUUGUUGUUGCGGGGGGGUAAACUAGUUGCUGCCUCCUUCACCCCACCCUACCCCUAAGCCCUUGCCCUUGACUCCUCUCAUCCCCUUCCCAAUCAAACGGAGUCCAGAUAAAAAUGCCAGAUUGUCAGAGUGACAGCAGCAGGUCUUGGCCUCCUGUGCAUUUUCUAGAGCUCACCUCCUUAGGCUCAGGGUGUCGACCAUAUGCACACAAGAAAGAAUGGCGGCAGAUGCUGCCUGCAAUGUCCAGGCCUGAGAGGGGUUGCCCUCUCCUAUACAAUACUUAUGCCUUCCCGGUCAGGACAGUAAGGUGAUUGUGUGGAGCUUGGUGUUGGCCUGUCGGGUCCAGAGGGGGCGGAGUUAAGGAUAGGCCUAAUACUAUCCCACGUCCUCUAGGAGUGUGGAAGGGAAGUGAGCAGGCUUCUCAAAGGUUCAGAUACUAGUUUUUAUUUCAUCAAAUGGGACUGUCUUAAAGCUUUUUUUUUUUUUUUUUUUUUUUUUGGCCAGCAAAACUUGGGCUGUGUUGAAGAAGCCUCUUCUCCCAGGAGGAAGGUUGGAUGUAGGGAUGCUCAUAACAGAGAAAGUGUGGAUAGUGAGAAAAUGAUCUGUUGCUGGAGGUGUGAAUGCCUCUAACUUUUUAGGACCGGGCAGUGCACACCUGAGGGUUUCUUUCUUUCUUUCUUUUUUAUUUUAAUCUUUGAAUACAGUUCACCAUGGUGCUACAACUUUUUUUUUUCUUUUUAGGACUUCAAAGAGGCAUUUUUUUAUGAAUAAAGUGACCUUCCCCAAGGCUGCCAAGCCAGGGUUGAUGAGUAGAGAGUGGAAUAGCUUUGGCUACUCCUCUGGGGACAAUAUGUACAAGGAAAGAGAGUCUGACCAGAGGAGAUGCAAUUUGGCUUUGCUGGAGCUCCAGUGUGCUGUGGCCUUUCCCCAAUUCCCACCCCGAUACCCACGUUCUGCUCCUCGCUCCGUGACCACAGGGGACUCAGACACAGACCCCUAUCACCAGGAGAGUCAGUCAGCACUACUUGGGAGGGCUAAAGGGAAAUUUGGAAUACAAAUUCCAAAGUUUGGAAUAAGAAAUUCAAGUGUUGAUGUUCUGUCCUUUCCCUUUCUGACACAGCCUAAAGCGUAGGGGGAAACACAUGUUUAUCUGUGGGAGAUAAACAAGAUGGAGUCCCAAAGACUUUGACAAAAUAUUUUUUUAAAAAUCCACUAGAAUAGAAAAUACAUUAUUUAGAUAUACUUUAUGCUGAGAGUGAGUAUAUAUGCUUGUCCUAUUUAAACUUGUGAGAAAAAGUGGUAUCCCUUGGUACAUUUAGAAACACAGGGGGUUAUCUUGUUUCAUAGUAGGGUUUGGGGCAGAAGAAUGAACAUGGGAUGACCCUGUUUAAAGAAAUUUAGCAUGGCCGAGGGGUUGGUUCCAGCUGAUUGCCAGGAAACACAAGCAGUGAGGGUCUCCUGGUGGGGUGUCGGGAGCUUUAAAUCCCAAAGCCAAGUGAGACAGGGAAUAGUGUCACACCAAUGGAAAGGUGAUCUAGCCUAUUUUUGCUAUUGCACGACAUCAAUAGAAACCAUGCCUUUGUAAACAAGCAAGUCAGUAAAUGCAAUGAUCAUGUAAUGUGGAAAAUUGAAAGCAUUCCAGUUUAAAAAAAUAUGGAAUUUUUUAUAUAUUCGUUUUUAAGAUGUAUAUGUAAAAAAAAAAAGAGUUCACAUUAUAGAUGGACUUCAUGGAUCGGAAAUUGCUUAGAAUUGCGAGUGGUUUCAAAUUAGAAAAAUAUGUGAGUGGAAGGCAGCUGUGAACGAACUGCACCCUAGAGAGUUGUACGCACGUUGGAAUGUAAGCUGGGCUUACUUACCUGGUCCCUUUGGAGUGGAGGCAACUGGAGUCAGCUCUCACCUGAACCAUGUGACCGGAGUCGCCAGCCUCAAAGAUAUAGUUAGUCCUCUCCCCUCUUCUCCCAACAUCUGAGACUUCUCUGGAGUAGCAGAGUCUCAUCACAGAAGGCACCCACCAUUUCCACUGAAAACAGAACUUCAAAGCAUUGGAUUCCUUUGCCUUUAUUUAUGCGCUCGACACUCUCAGUGAUAUCCAGAUGUAUUCUUUUUAUUAAUAGUUACAGGUUUGUGGGUUAGUGGGAUUUCAGUAAAGGGACACACACACACACAAAAAAAAAAAAUCCCUUCUAAGAUGGAUCGAUAGAACCAAGAUAAUACUGCAUGUACUACAGUCAAGGACACCAAGUGAUCCUAUGGUGAAUCCAGUUAGUCCUAACGACAUUAGUGGUUCUAAUGUCAUUGUAGAAAUGGUGAGUCCUGUGAUUCUAGCAUUUGUCUCUAACCAAUGAUGAAACAAUUCCUCAUGGCCCUCUCUGCCAUUGUCUUUCAUUUCCCACUGUGCAAUUAGACCCUUUUACUUCACUGCCAUGCCACCAAUUAUUAAGUUAAAAAAAAAAAGAAAAAGAAAAAAGAAAAAACCUAUCCACGCCAGUAGACAAUAUGCUUUUUACCUGUGACAUAAUCUUAGCUAAUACGCUUGUGCAGAGUUUUCAAGACGAUUGGUGUCAGACAGUUUUUAUCUUGUCCAAAAAAAAUGCGCUGGUGGCUUUUUGUGGUGGUGUUACAAUCCUCUGUGGGCUUAGGAUGUCCGUGCAACUUGGUAGUUGGUUUCAUUUUUAAAGCAAUGGAAAAACAGGAAGGGCAGCCCUUGAAGCCCCUCAGCCCCAGUUGGUCAAACCCCAGCGACCUUUGCCCCUGGUUGCCAAGGGCUUUGCAACAUGAAGCAGGGAAUAAAGAUCUGUCUGUUUAGUGGAUACUGUGUAUCCUUUAAUAGACCAGGUAACAGUUCGUGUUAGUUUUAGACUAUUGUUUUGUACUGUACUUUCUUGGGUGGCAGAGGAAAGAAAAGUUAAAAUGUUAAAAAAACAAAACAAAACAAAAAAACAAAAAAAAACAACUGCGUUCUUUAAUUCUGUAUUAUUAGCGACCUCUGUUGUAUAUAGUGUUUGAUAAUAAAGUAUUAAUUUGAUUCUUAUGUCUUUUGUAAGUGAAAACAGACUUUCAGGAUACAAAACAUGCAUUGAGGCUUUGAAACAUCCAACGUAUCCAUGGCUAAGAAGCCACAAGUGGCUGGAACUCCAUCCUGGACCACUCCAUCUUACAGCUCCACUGUCUUGGGACCGGAAACAACAGGAUUGCUUUGAUUGACAUUUUUGUCCUCGGUGUUUUCAAGGUCUGAUGUCGGAGCUCUGUGGUCCUUCCCCUCACCCCAAGCAUGUGGUUUGAAAAGGUUUAGAUAACUUAGAAAUGGUUCUGUACUUUGGUUUGGUUUUCUGUUUGUCAUUCUCCCCCAGGAAGUCUUGUGAGUAUCAAGUGCGGCUCAGACUCAGGAUGCAGACCAGUCCCUUUAGGAAGGCUCAGUGGGGCUGUUUCCCUCUCUGCGUCUUUGUGAAAGGCAGAGUCACAGUACCUGUGGGCUUUCAGGGACUCUGUUUUUCUCCUGUGCCUUAGCAACGGCUGCAGCCAUUUUAUUAGUUUCACAAAAUUAGAAAAACGGUUUGAAACUCCUCCUUACCGUUCAUUGUUCUCAGAGUUGUGGUCACAAGAUUUUGCUUUUGAAAAUCACCUCCACUACCAACACCCACCCGUUUGCCUCUCCCCCCCCCCCCCCCCCCCCCCCCCCCCUCUCUCUCUCUCUCUCUCUCUCUCUCUCUCUCUCUCUCUCUCUCUCUCUCUCUCUCUCUCUCUCUCUCUCUCCUCUCUCUCGUUUUCUCUCUCUCUCUCUCGCUCUCUCACCCUACCCCCACAUUCUGUUUCCCCUCAGAGCCGUGAAUGGGCAGGUCUGUCUCUGGUUUGGCAUCGCUGAGUUCUUCCCACGCAUUUGCCCCAGAGCUGCUCGGAUGCGAGACGAAAUCUCUCUACAAUGGGCUCUCUCCCAUUGUUUGUACAGUUUAAUAGAUGCUGCCAUGUUGGAGGUUACCCAUGAGUCCAAAAUCUGUUUUCCAUGCUUCUUGACACCGCAUUGAAGCCACUCACCGUGUGUGCGUCUGGGUAUGAAGUCCAGCUCCUUCCGUGCAGCCCUGUGCUUGGACUCCCUGCCUUGCUGUCCUUUGCACCUCCUCAUCGAGUGCCGUUUUGAAAUGCUGACAUUAUAUAAACGUAAAAGAAAAUGUAAAAAAAAAUUAAAACACACACACGCAAAUCCAUACGAUCUGUAUUUGUAUAUACACGUGUCCGUACAAGUAUACCUAAAUAAAAAUUAAAGAUUUUCAUCAUUUUAAUU